AUGUUGCGUCACAGCCGCGCGCCGGAAGUGCCGCCGCAUGUGGUGCUGCUGCCGCCCGGCGGCGGGGCCCGGCCCGGCCCUCAGGGUGCUCGCGGGGUAGUAGCCGAGGGGGGAUGCUGCGCCGGCAGCGGGAGCGCCCCAGCCGAGCUGCGCUGGGCCGGAGCGGAGGGCGGCGGCCCCGGGCGGUGGCGGCAGGAGCCGGGACACCCCACUGAGGCCUGGAGGGAGGCGGUGGCGGCCGCGGCCGGUGCCCUGCAGGCGGGCGGGCUGGUGGCGGUGCCCACGGACACGGUGUACGGCGUGGCUUGCCUGGCCCAGGACUCGGCCGCGGUGCGCAGCAUCUACAGCCUGAAGGGGCGGAACGGCGCCAAGCCGCUCGCCAUCUGCCUCGGGGACGUGGAGCGGCUCUACAGGUACUGCCACGUGAAUGUUCCCGACGAGCUGCUGCGGGACUUGCUCCCGGGACCAGUGACCCUGGUGUUACAGCGUUCAGAAGAGCUAAAUAAAGACUUGAAUCCGUUCACAUCGCUGGUUGGUGUUCGCAUUCCAGACCACCCCUUCAUGAGAGACCUGGCACGUGCCUGCCCGGGGCCGCUGGCCUUGACAAGCGCCAACAUCAGCUCCCAGGGCAGCACCCUGACCGUGCUGGAAUUCCAGGACUUGUGGCCUCAGUUGUCCUUGGUUAUUGAUGGAGGCCCCAUAGGAGACAUCCAGAGCCCAGAGUGUCGCUUGGGAUCGACUGUGGUUGACUUGUCUGUGUCAGGGAAAUUCUCCGUCAUCAGGCCUGGCUGUGCACUGACACCCACGGUUGAAAUCCUGAAGAAGAAGUAUGGCUUGGUACCAGAAUCUUCCUAACCCUUGGGACUGGGAGCUGGUGGAGCUGGGCACUGUGUGCCUGUGCACUCAGCAGUGGGUGAUCAUGGCCUUGUUUAAUAAGGUCGAUGGGUUAUGUCAAGGUCACCCCAGGUACAUUUGUCAUUUGCUCUCAUCUCCCUUUUCUGGAGGAUGUUCUGCCUGGCUGUCCUUCUUCUUAUUUUCCAGUUCCUUAAAAAAAUAUUAAUUUUUACUGGAAUUUUUUCAGGAGCUUAAAGGCUUCCCCAGGUGUGGAGAGAGCCCUUCCCUGCCUCCAGCUGUCUGAAAGCAAAAGCAGUGGUGAGUUCACAGGGAUCUGGGGUUUUAAUAACGGAACAUCUUUUAAAACCUGCAGUGAGCAGGACAGUUGGUUUCAUUAUUCUCAGCAUGUUUGGCCAAAAUCCUCUGCUGGUUACCAGACAUCCAUUCCCCUGUGGCUGCAGCUGUGUUUUAGAAAAUGCAGCUGGAUGGCAUCACCACAGUGCCACUGAGCACACCAGCAGCACCUGGGGUGAAGCAGGGCUGAGGAGGGCGUGUCCCCAUCCAGGAAUUAAUGACUCAUAAAACCAGAGCCAGAACAGCUGCUGAUGGGAAUGAAGGGAAGGCUGUGGCUAUUGAGGAAUUGUGAAGGGACCCCAAUAAACAGCCCCUUCGUGUGUGUGCUCCAAGAAGCUCCUCUGCAAAGGGUCUGAGCAGGGAUGAAAACCCCCUGUUAAGAGAGGCUGCUUCAGUACCUGAGUGGUGAGUAUCUCAAAGCUGGGGAUGCCAGCAAGUGUCCCCAGCCAUCUGCAAGGGAAGAGCUUCUUCAGAAUUACUAACAGUGGCUUCCUGUGUCCUCUUUAGUCCAAGCUGAUGUUUGCUGAAGGAUAUUGGAAGAAUUAGUAGAGCUAUUUCUCUUUAAUCCUGUCCCAAUAGACAGAAAAUCUAACAAAAAGGCAGGAGAUUGUGUGCUGUUGUUUCAGGCAAGAGCCUAAGCUCUUGCCUAAAACAAUUUAAUUAAUCUAAAUUUGGAUGAAUUAAAAGUUUAACAGCAUGAAAAGGUAUUAUAGCCCCACAAAUCCUUCAGGGAACUCCUCUGGGCUAUCCCACUCCUCCUUGAGACCAGUGACACUGCCAGCCAGCCAGUCCUUCCCUCUGGGGCUGUUCAGUCCUCGGUUGCUGGAUUUGCCCUUUCUAGGAAAGAGGUUUUAGGGGCAGGCAGACGGUGGCUUUUGGCAGGGGUGCAGCAUUUUGUAGCAGCUGGGGGGUUUGAAGAGCCAGGAUACCAUUUCUCACCGUUUGUGGUUUGAAUUUUAUUUGAUGAGUCAAGGGAUAUAAAUAAAUGGGCUGUGUUUGCAAGGGUGAUGCUUCUGCAUCUCUGACUGGUGUGAACAGGGGCUGGGGGGAAGAGUGGGAAGAAAUGUUUCUGAGAAUCUUCUUCAGUCCUUGCUCUCCUUUCCUGGCAAUAUCAGCAAGCACUCCAGCACUGCUGCUCUCUAAUCUAAUCAGACCCAGGGAAAAAGGAUUUGCUGCACUCUGACCACUUAGGUACCCACCAGCAGAGUGAAUACCAGACGUGUUGUGAGAAUGGCCAGAAGCUAUUCCAGCCCCUUUCAAUGCAGAGACAAGAUCUCUGGAACCUGCACCUCUCCCUGCUGUGGGCUGCUGCUCCAAAUUCCACCACUGCACGACUCAAG